GCGCCGUGGAGGAGGCGGAGGCGCCGGGCGCUGAUGCUGCCUGCUAGGCCACGGGCCUGCGCACCCCAGGGCGAAUGGGACACCGGUUUCGGUGGAUCGGCCGCUGCAAACCUCAAGUUCCUGGGCUCCUAGCGAAGCGCAACAAAUAAAAAGAUGACGGAGGGCCGUCGAUGUCAAGUACAUCUUCUUGAUGACAGGAAGCUGGAACUGCUAGUACAGCCCAAGCUUUUGGCCAAGGAGCUGCUGGACCUCGUGGCCUCUCACUUCAAUCUGAAGGAAAAGGAAUACUUUGGAAUAGCCUUCACAGAUGAGACGGGACACUUAAACUGGCUUCAGCUAGAUCGAAGAGUAUUGGAACAUGACUUCCCCAAAAAGUCCGGACCGGUGGUUUUAUAUUUCUGUGUCAGGUUCUAUAUAGAAAGCAUCUCAUACCUGAAGGACAAUGCUACCAUCGAGCUCUUCUUUCUGAAUGCUAAGUCCUGUAUCUACAAGGAGCUGAUCGACGUUGACAGUGAAGUGGUGUUUGAAUUAGCCUCCUAUAUUUUACAGGAAGCAAAGGGAGAUUUUUCUAGCAAUGAGGUGGUGAGGAGUGACUUGAAGAAGCUGCCAGCGCUUCCCACUCAAGCCCUAAAGGAGCACCCUUCCCUGGCCUACUGUGAGGAUCGAGUAAUUGAACACUACAAGAAACUGAAUGGCCAGACCAGAGGUCAAGCAAUUGUAAACUACAUGAGCAUCGUGGAGUCUCUCCCGACCUACGGCGUUCACUAUUACGCAGUGAAGGACAAGCAGGGGAUACCAUGGUGGCUGGGACUGAGCUACAAAGGAAUCUUCCAGUAUGACUACCACGAUAAAGUGAAGCCGCGGAAGAUAUUCCAAUGGAGGCAGUUGGAAAACCUGUAUUUCAGAGAGAAGAAGUUUUCCGUGGAAGUUCAUGACCCCCGCAGGGCUUCAGUGACGAGGAGGACGUUUGGACACAGUGGCAUUGCGGUGCAUACGUGGUACGCAUGUCCAGCUUUGAUCAAGUCCAUCUGGGCUAUGGCCAUUAGCCAACACCAGUUCUAUCUGGACAGAAAGCAGAGUAAGUCUAAAAUCCAUGCCGCACGGAGCCUGAGCGAGAUCGCUAUUGACCUCACCGAGACAGGCACGCUGAAGACCUCCAAGCUGGCCAACAUGGGGAGCAAAGGGAAGAUCAUCAGUGGCAGCAGCGGGAGCCUCCUGUCGUCAGGUUCUCAGGAAUCUGAUAGCUCUCAGUCGGCCAAGAAGGACAUGCUGGCCGCCUUGAAAUCCAGGCAGGAAGCGCUGGAGGAAACACUCCGCCAGCGGCUGGAGGAACUAAAGAAACUCUGUCUUCGAGAAGCUGAGCUGACAGGCAAGCUGCCCGUUGAAUAUCCCUUGGACCCAGGGGAGGAACCACCCAUCGUUCGAAGAAGAAUCGGGACAGCCUUCAAGCUGGAUGAACAGAAAAUCCUGCCCAAAGGAGAGGAAGCUGAGCUGGAACGCCUGGAACGAGAGUUUGCCAUUCAAUCCCAGAUUACAGAGGCUGCCCGCCGCCUCGCCAGUGACCCCAAUGUCAGCAAAAAACUGAAGAAACAAAGGAAAACCUCUUAUCUGAAUGCACUGAAGAAGCUGCAGGAGAUUGAAAAUGCCAUCAAUGAGAACCGCAUCAAGUCCGGGAAGAAGCCCACACAGAGGGCAUCCCUGAUCAUCGCAGAUGGAAAUAUUGCCAGUGAAGACAGUUCCCUCUCAGACGCCCUUGUGCUAGAGGACGAAGACUCUCAGGUCACCAGCACACUGUCCCCCUUACAGUCUCCUCACAAGGGACUCCCUCCUCGGCCACCAUCACACAACAGGCCCCCCCCUCCCCAGUCCCUGGAGGGACUCCGGCAGAUGCACUAUCACCGCAACGACUAUGACAAGUCCCCCAUAAAACCCAAAAUGUGGAGCGAGUCCUCUUUGGAUGAGCCUUACGAGAAGGUCAAGAAACGCUCCUCCCACGGCCAUUCCAGCAGCCACAAGCGCUUUCCCAGCACAGGGAGCUGUGCCGAAGCCGGCGGGGGCAGCAGCUCCCUGCAGAACAGCCCCAUCCGCAGCCUCCCCCACUGGAACUCGCAGUCCAGCAUGCCGUCCACGCCAGACCUCCGGGUCCGGAGUCCCCACUAUGUUCAUUCCACGAGGUCAGUGGACCUCAGCCCCACACGGCUGCACAGCCUCGCCCUGCACUUUAGGCACCGGAGCUCCAGCUUGGAGUCCCAGGGCAAGCUCCUGGGCUCGGAGAACGACACGGGGAGCCCCGACUUCUACACCCCACGGACUCGUAGCAGCAACGGCUCCGACCCCAUGGACGACUGCUCCUCCUGCACCAGCCACUCGAGCUCGGAGCACUACUACCCGGCGCAGAUGAACGCCAACUACUCCACGCUGGCCGAGGACUCGCCGUCCAAGGCGCGCGCGCGGCAGCGGCAGCGACAGCGGGCGGCGGGCGCGCUGGGCGCGGCGAACUCGGGCAGCAUGCCCAACCUGGCGGCGCGCGGCGGCGGCGCGCACGGCGUCUACCUGCACAGCCAGAGCCAGCCGAGCUCGCAGUACCGCAUCAAGGAGUACCCGCUGUACAUCGAGGGCAGCGCCACGCCCGUGGUGGUGCGCAGCCUGGAGAGCGACCAGGAGGGCCACUACAGCGUCAAGGCGCAGUUCAAGACCUCCAACUCGUACACGGCGGGCGGCCUGUUCAGGGAGAGCUGGCGCGGCGGCGACGAGGGCGAUGCGGGCCGCCUGACGCCGUCGCGCUCGCAGAUCCUGCGGACUCCGUCGCUGGGCCGCGAGGGCGCCCACGACAAGGGCGCGGGCCGCGCCGCCGUGUCGGACGAGCUGCGCCAGUGGUACCAGCGCUCCACGGCCUCGCACAAGGAGCACAGCCGCCUGUCGCACACCAGCUCCACGUCCUCGGACAGCGGCUCCCAGUACAGCACCUCCUCCCAGAGCACCUUCGUGGCGCACAGCAGGGUCACCAGGAUGCCCCAGAUGUGCAAGGCCACGUCAGCUGCCUUACCUCAAAGCCAGAGAAGCUCAACACCGUCGAGUGAAAUUGGAGCGACGCCCCCAAGCAGUCCCCACCACAUCCUAACCUGGCAGACUGGGAGCUGCACCGACCGCUGUUUCCUGGAUUCCUCCCUCUAUCCAGAACUAGCCGAUGUCCAGUGGUACGGGCAGGAGAAAGCCAAGCCCGGGACCCUCGUGUGAGCCAGCCGGCCGCAAUCUGACCGCCUCAACGCCAUUCAGAGAUCACCUCACUGCCUCUCAUUUGCCUUACCCAGACGCACUGUCACCCUGCACCAGCUUCGGCCCUCAGCACUUUUUUUUCCUCCCGUCUCCGCAUCCCCUUCACCCUUAAAACCCUGACUGAGGAGACAUUCUGGAAGGUUCCGGUCCCACUGUGUGUCACCUGGCGCUCUCACCCACAGAGAGCCAGGCACCAAUCCUCAAUGGCACCUUGGUGGCUUCCCCCCACCCCGGGGCCAUGACAGCCCCCAGGCCAGAAACCAUCAGGGAAGGUAGCAGACAUCCAAUUCCUGUGGACAAGUGGCAGGAGAACAGGAAAGGGGACUUACGUACAGGG